AAGAAAUUUUCCAGCAACUCUAGGCAAAGUAAAAGCAUAAACGUAAAAAAACUAAAAUAAAUACAAAAUAGCAGCUUUUUGACAGUAAAAAAAUAUUAUUCUAUAAAAAAUUCUGAAGCGCAUACGAGGAAAUAAAAGUUUUAGUUAAGAAAUUAUUUUAAUUUACCAACCCUUGUGGCGCACACUGUUAACGUGUAAUGGCGUAUCAUUUUAGUGCAAAUCAGUUCGAGAAGGCUUACAGCGCAACACGUCUAUGCAAUUGGGAGUUGCCGAAGUGGUAUCCACCAAAACCGCGCGCCCAUAAGCAACCGACGAAAAUAAUCGCUGGCAAUAACGGGCAUUUGCUCUGCGGCGCUGAUCGUUCGGAUAAGAAUCCUUGGGGCUACUUUCGCAGCACUUACGAGCUACCACGUAAAAUAACUCGUAAAUUUGCCGACGAGUACAACGAGUGUCUGAUCAGAAAAUAUAAAUGGCGCAAUUUCCCACGCAAAAAGACUGUUUGUGGGAGAAAAGAUGAGCCACCGAAAUGCGAAGAUAAAUGUGAAACCGUCAGACGUAUUUUCAGUCCAGGUGAGAAAGGCAUUGGAAAGUGCGCUAAGAGUCAAGAUAAAAAACGUUCCGAUUUAGAAUACGUGCCAGGUGAUUUUACACCCUACGUACAUCAACACCCCACACGUGACCAGUUGCUGCAACAAAAGUACGAACGCGACAAUAAUAUUGAACCGGAACUGCCACUGAAUAAGCUCCUACUUGGUGAUCACCUUUGUCAAUCGGUUAAGCCGGACGUUACCCUUACCCGUCCCGUCAUACUACCGCUGACGCGUGUCUCUUCACCAACCGCGAACGCUGCUCAUCAUAGUUCCCAGCUGGAACCCACUACACCGACGGAACCGCAAAUUGGUCCAAUGCCACAAGUGCAGACGGAGACAUCGUUAUUGCCGCAAACAGCCGGUCUGACGGAUUCUGUUGGACCAAGUUUGGAAUACUUUAAACAAAAAUUCGGUUAUCAAAAUCCCGAUUCACCAUCGCUACAAAAUCUUGAGCAAACAAUGCCACUUAAAUCAAUUACAGCGAAACCCAACGAGCGUUCACCGUCACCUAUCAUUCCGCCCUACGCUAAUUUCGAAUUAGCUAAGCGCAUGCAUCAUGACAAUUUGGACCAUCAACCGUUGCCGGAUUGUGUGGUGGACAUGGCAUUCCGCAAGCGCCAAAUUACUGGUGAGCAUCCCGGCUUAGCGCUGGAUAUUGCUCCUUUUGCCACGGGCGUUGGCAUUAGAACGCAUAAUGCUGGCCCCACACAUUGUACGAAAAUGAAGGUAUUUCGACCACGCACCUGUGGCGUCGUGCCCAAAGCUUAUGCUGGUGACUUAUCACGUGCGAUUUCCUCAGCGCAGCCGGAUAAACCAAUGACAGCUAUGGAUUUGGCCAUUGGUUGGGAUUAUAGACCCAGCAAUCCAGCGGAUGAACCGCGUCGGCCACCACAUAUUGACGGUUCGGACGAUACCGCCGGUCCUGCUGUGUUCAAUUACGUAAAAACACCGCGCGAUGAGCCCGCUACAGAUUUAGGACGCUCGGCGGGUGUAUUCAAUAGUACGCUCGGCGAAACGGGCUUUUUCGAUAAAGAUAUAAUGCGACGCAAAUCAGAUUUUGGCGGUCGCGCAAUUGAACGCGACACAGACUGUCCCUGCAGCACCGAAGAUUGUAUGGUACGCGCGCCACCGCCACGUGCGCGUAGUGUAACUCGUGAUUGUGCGAUGCCUUCAAAUCGGUUGAGCAAGCAUUAUCAAUCUUCACCUAACAUCAUGGCUGAGGGAUACCGCGCAUUGCGCCAAAAAUAUCUCGGCGGCAGCGGUGGCAGUAUAGCAGCUUCAUGUGAGGCUCUUGUACCCGAACGUGGCUGUAGACGUUCGAAACAAAAUAUCGGUGCGCCAGGUUUUCUAAGCCGCGCGCGUUCAAGACUAUGCCACAAGGUUGCACCCGAACCACCGCGUUGUUACCACGCAGCGCCGCCGCGUGCCAUCUGUAAAGCACCAUUUCGUGUUGGUGUACCCAAAUACAAUGCAGCCGGGCAUUUUAUUAGCACGGACAGCGGCUGCAGUUUGGAAUCACAUAAUGCCAGUCGUGUGCUGGUGGUGCCGCGUCAACGUGAUCCCUACGCAAAACGGAAUUACGAUAUUGAUACGUUGGUGCCACCGUUUCGUUGUUUUGGCGGUGGCGCCGGAGAGGGCGGCUACCCAGAGCAUUGGCGCUUGGCCAGCGUAUAUCAACAUGCUUAUAAACCGCUCGAGCAGCGACGCAGGCCGCUACUACAGACAGUUUACAAGUAAUCAAUAAUUAAACGGUAUUACAAAUAUUUAUUUCAAAUAUAUUGUAAAAAAUAAUGAAAUAUAUGUACAUAUAUACACUGAAUGGGGUAUAUUAAGUUUGCCAUCAAGUUUGUAACAUUGAGAAGAAAGUGCCGGAUACCGGCACGGCGUGGUAGGUCGAUUUAGCGUUUAAGCGUCUGUCUGUCCUGUCUGCAUAUUCGCGAACUAAUCGCUCAGUUUUUGAGAUAUCGGUAUAAAAUCAUGUCACUCGUCAAAUUUUUUAUUUGAUUUUUUUAUUUUUUUUUUAAACAGACCAAUCAAGUUCUGGUAUGUAAUCUUUUGUAUUUGUGAAGCGUAAUAAUAAUAAUUAUAGCUUCGGUUGAGCCGAAGGGUUAACGAUAUUUCUUGUUGUCUUCUUUUAUUUUGGACAUUAAAUGUCGAAUGUCUAAACAAAUUUUGUUUAGAGUUUGUUUGUGGGUGAAGCCCUAAAACAAAUUAUUUAUAAAUUCUUAAUC